UAAAGAUUUUAUAUUUCACCAACCAAUCAAUCUCCACCGUCCACAAGGAGGCCUUUAUGAUGUCUCUUCUUUAACCUUGCGUCGUCCUCUUUGCAGUCCUCCCUCAUCAGCCGAAACUAGGGUUGUUUGUCGAGAGGCAGACCUCAAUCGAUCGGCCUUGGAUGUUGGAUCAGCUCUACGGCGCGAGCAUAAAUCCAUCAUCAAAAUGGAGCAUAAAGUUUAUGGUUCUAUAUUCUUCAAAAGUCCUACUGCUGAUUGCUUGGAGUCUAUAAAGCCAAGGAGAAGAAGAGAGAGGAGGUGGUACCAAACGCCUUUUGUUUUUUCCAGGCCGCUGACAUUUCCCAAGUGGAACAAAAUAAUUUAAUCUGUUUACUGUCAGAGUUACUUUAAUUUCUUGGAGGAAAAGUGGAAGAAAGUUGAUAAUGGCAAUGGCGGCCCCAGGGCAGCUCAAUCUUAACGAAUCACCUUCCUGGGGAUCCAGAAGUGUUGACUGCUUUGAGAAACUGGAACAAAUUGGCGAGGGAACUUAUGGUCAAGUUUACAUGGCUAGAGAAAUUAAGACAGGUGAAAUUGUUGCUUUGAAGAAAAUUCGAAUGGACAAUGAGAGAGAAGGGUUCCCAAUAACUGCCAUUCGUGAAAUUAAAAUUUUGAAGAAGCUGCAUCAUGAGAAUGUAAUUAAGUUGAAAGAGAUUGUGACAUCUCCAGGACCUGAAAAGGAUGAGCAAGGCAGGCCAGAUGGUAAUAAGUAUAAGGGUGGCAUUUACAUGGUUUUUGAAUACAUGGACCAUGAUUUAACUGGUCUUGCUGAUCGGCCUGCGAUGAGAUUUUCUGUUCCUCAGAUCAAGUGCUAUAUGAAACAACUACUGACAGGGCUUCACUAUUGUCAUGUAAAUCAAGUGCUUCAUCGGGAUAUUAAAGGUUCUAAUCUUCUUAUAGACAAUGAAGGUAAUUUGAAGCUUGCUGAUUUUGGGCUUGCACGUUCUUUCUCAAAUGAUCACAAUGCUAAUCUUACAAAUCGUGUUAUUACUUUAUGGUAUAGACCUCCGGAAUUGCUACUUGGAACAACAAAGUAUGGUCCAGCUGUUGACAUGUGGUCUGUUGGAUGUAUAUUUGCUGAACUUCUCCAUGGGAAGCCAAUUUUUCCUGGAAAAGAUGAGCCUGAGCAAUUAAAUAAAAUUUUUGAGCUAUGCGGAGCUCCAGAUGAGGUCAUUUGGCCUGGGGUUUCCAAAAUUCCUUGGUAUAACAACUUCAAGCCAACAAGGCCGAUGAAAAGACGUCUCAAGGAGGUCUUCAGACACUUUGAUCGUCAUGCUUUGGAGUUGUUGGAGAGAAUGCUGACUCUUGAUCCUUCACAGAGAAUAUCUGCGAAGGAUGCGCUUGAUGCCGAGUAUUUCUGGACUGAUCCAUUACCUUGUGAUCCCAAGAGUUUACCCAAAUAUGAGUCAUCACAUGAAUUCCAGACUAAGAAAAAGCGACAGCAGCAACGUCAACAUGAAGAAACAGCAAAACGUCAGAAACUGCAGCACCCGCAGCAGCAUGCUCGCCUCCCACCUAUUCAGCAGUCUGGCCAAGCACAUGCUCAAAUGAGGCCGGGACCCAACCAGCCAAUACAUGGUUCUCAGCCCCCAGUUGCUGCUGGGCCUAGCCAUCACUAUGGAAAGCCUCGUGGGCCCUCUGGAGGGCCAGGCAGAUACCCUCCAAGUGGAAAUCCUGGUGGGGGAUACCACCCCAAUCGUGGAGGUCAAGGUGGCGGAGGUGGUUACAACAGUGGGCCGUAUCCUUCACAAGGGAGAGGUGCGCCAUAUGGUUCUACCAGCAUUCCCAGUGGUGGUCCCCGGGGUGGGGGAGGAAGUGGCUAUGGAGUUGGUGGUCCAAACUAUUCUCAAAGUGGUCCAUAUGGCAGUUCUGCUGCUGGUCGUGGCUCAAACAUGAUGGGUGGAAACCGCAAUCAGCAGUAUGGUUGGCAACAAUAGUUAUGAUUUGAUAAGUUAUAUAACAUGGUAAUUCAAUAAGAAACCAAAUGAUAUAAUUGGAAUGAGUAGAACUUAUUUCCUACUUCCUAAGAUUGAAAGCAGAGUCAUCCACAACAUAAUUUAAAUAAUUUCCCCAAUGAGGGGGGGUUAUUUGCUUUAUAGAGAAUUAUUUGUCCUCUAUUCUGUUAUAUUCUGUUAUAGAGAUGCGAAGUUCUGAUGCGGUACGGAGUCUGUAAUGUGUUCUUGAAGUUGUGUUUUUAGCGGUAUGGAUUCAGUAAUUUGUCCACUGCAGGGACCAUGGUAUUGUUAUUUUCAAUUAUUGCGAGUGUAAUAUCAAUCAUAGAAUGAGCGCUUCUGCAAGUUUUUGUCUUUUAGAAAUGUGUAAAACAAAAAUGUUUACAUUUUAAGGAUCUCUGGCCUGUCCAAUAAAAAUUAUCUUAUUGUGGUUACUUUUUAUUUUA